AUGCUUGUGAACCUGAAAGAGCACUUGCGAACGCAUACUGGCGAGAAGCCAUUUUCCUGUGAAAUGUGCUCUAAAAAAUUCUCUAAACUAGCAAACCUGAAAGAACACUUGCGAACCCAUACAGGCGAAAAGCCAUUUUCAUGUGAAGUGUGUUCUAAGGAAUUUUCUAAACUAGGCAACCUGAAAAGACACUUGAGAACCCAUUCUAAGAUCCAUGAUGGCUCUGUAAAAAACUAUUCCUGUGAACAUUGCUUGAAGGCAUUUUCCCAAUCAUCGAACUUAAUGGCACAUUUAAAAACCCAUACUGGCGAAAAACCAUUUGCCUGUGAACAAUGCUCAAUGGCAUUUUGCACCUCUUCGAAGUUAAAAGGACAUAUGAGAAUCCACUCUGGGGAGAAACUGUAUUCCUGUGAAUAUUGCUCAAAAACAUUUUCCUAUGCUUCUGACUUAAAGAGGCAUCUGAGAAUUCAUACGGGAGAGAAACUAUAUUCAUGUGGAUAUUGCUUAAAGGCAUUUUCCUAUGCUUUUGGUUUAAAGAGACAUCUGAAAAUUCAUACGGGAGAGAAACUAUAUUCAUGUGAAUAUUGCUCAAAGGCAUUUUCCCAAUCAUAUAACCUAAUGGCGCAUUUGAAAACUCAUACUGGCGAGAAACCAUUUGCCUGUGAACAAUGCUCAAUGAAGAAAUCAGUUUUAUUAAUCGGUGAAAUGGAAGGAACUUUGUACAGAUCCAACUGA